CCGCCCCCGGAGGUGCGCGCCCGGCCCGGGGACAGCGGCUGCCGGCGCCGCGGCCGCCAGCGGCUCUGCCGCGCUGCUCGCCUGCUUGCAACGAGCCUUUUUUGGUUUGUUUUUUUGGUUUUUUGUUUUUUUUUUCUUUUUGCUUUUGGGCCUUUAUUAUUAUUAUUAUUAUUUCAUUCGUUGUUUCUCGCAAGCGGGCCGGUGGCUCCUUGCCAUGAGCAGCCCGACGGCAGCAUGAAAGCGGGCAGGCGCGGCUAUCCCGCCCGCUCCCGUGUAGGAUGGCUCCUGGCGAAGUGGUGCUGCUGCUGCUCCUGCACAGACGCGUAUUCCGUCUCUGCCAACGACAACGGAGGCAAGUCUGACUCAGUGGCCAACUUACAACCUCAGCCAUCCCUCAACUCCAUCCAGAGCUCUCCGGGCCCCAAGCGCUCCACCAACACCCUGAAGAAAUGGUUGACGAGUCCCGUGCGCCGCCUGAACAGCGGGAAGACCGAGAGCCACAUCAAGAAACAAAAGAAGGUGCGAGAUGGCAGGAAGAGCUUUGACCUUGGCUCACCAAAGACUGGAGAUGAAACCACUCCUCAAGGAGACAGUGCAGAUGAGAAGAGCAAGAAGGGUUGGGGAGAAGAUGAACCAGAUGAAGAGUCUCACACACCUCUUCCUCCUCCUAUGAAGAUUUUUGACAAUGAUCCAACCCAAGAUGAUAUGACCCUUGAAGGAGGAUCUUACCGAGGAGGCUUAAAAGAUGCCACUGGCUGCUUAAAUGAAGGAAUGACACCUUCAACUCCCCCACGAAACCUUGAAGAGGAACAAAAAGCCAAAGCAAUGAGAGGCAGGAUGUUUGUCUUAAAUGAGCUGGUGCAGACUGAAAAAGACUACGUCAAAGACUUGGGAAUUGUUGUGGAGGGCUUCAUGAAGAGGAUGGAAGAAAAAGGAGUUUCUGAAGAUAUGAAAGGGAAAGACAAGAUUGUAUUUGGCAAUAUUCACCAGAUCUAUGACUGGCACAAAGACUUUUUCCUGGCUGAACUGGAAAAAUGUCUUCAAGAACCUGAGCGUUUAGCACAGCUUUUUAUUAAGCAUGAGCGGCGAUUGCACAUGUAUGUGGUGUAUUGCCAAAACAAGCCCCGGUCUGAGUAUAUAGUAGCUGAGUAUGAAACGUACUUUGAGGAGGUUCAGCAGGAAAUAAGCCAACGGCUGACCAUCAGUGACUUUUUGAUUAAACCCAUUCAAAGAAUAACUAAAUACCAGCUUCUUCUCAAGGACUUCCUGAGGUACAGUGAAAAAGCUGGUCUGGAGUGCUCCGAGAUAGAGAAAGCAGUUGAAUUAAUGUGCCUUGUACCAAAACGUUGCAAUGACAUGAUGAACCUGGGUCGCCUCCAAGGCUUUGAGGGCAAACUGACAGCUCAAGGCAAGCUGCUGCAGCAGGACACCUUCUACGUGACGGAGCAGGAUUCCGGGGUUCAGUCUCGGCCCAAGGAGCGCAGGGUGUUUCUCUUUGAGCAAAUAGUUAUCUUCAGUGAACUCCUUAGAAAAGGAUCUCUAACCCCAGGCUACAUGUUCAAGAAGAGCAUAAAGAUGAACUACCUUAUCAUUGAAGAAAAUGUGGACAAUGAUCCCUGCAAGUUUGCUCUAAUGAGCCGGGAAACAUCAGAGAGAGUCAUUUUGCAGGCAGCUAAUCCAGAAAUUCAACAAGCGUGGGUACAGGACAUCAACCAGGUCCUGGACACACAACGCGAUUUCCUAAAUGCACUGCAGUCGCCCAUCGAGUACCAACGCAAGGAGAACAGCUCGGCAGUGCUGCGGCCCCAGGCCGGCAGGGUCCCUCAGCCCAACACCAGGCCCCAUUCUUCUAUUCCAGUAGGGUCUGAGAAGCCUUUGAAGGCUACAAGCCGUAACCCAUCUCUCCCACCCCUGAAGAUAUCUACCUCCAAUGGCAGCACAGGGUAUGAGCACUCACAGCCUGGAGACAAGUAUGAACAAAGCAAGACUGAUUUGGGAGGGUGCAAUGGGACCUCUUCCAUGGUGGUGAUUAAAGAUUACUAUGCACUGAAGGAGGAUGAAAUCUGUGUGAAUCAAGGAGAGGUGGUUCAGAUCCUUGCUAUCAACCAGCAGAACAUGUUCCUGGUGUACCAGCCUGCGAACGACCACUCUCCAGCUGCUGAAGGAUGGAUCCCUGGCAGUAUCUUGGCUCCCCUCCCUAAAUCCACUACAGAUAAUAGCGAUGGAAGCAUCAAGAAGUCAUGUUCAUGGCAUACCCUGCGCAUGAGAAAGCGGGCGGAAAAGGAGAGCAGUGGCAAAAAUGAAGCCAAUGGGCCACGUAAAUCCAAGGAUAUUCUGGGGAACAAAGUCUCUGUUAAAAUAAUCAACCCCAAUUUCAUCCAAGAAGUGGCUCCAGAGUUUCUUGUGCCAUUAGUGGACAUCACCUGCCUGCUUGGGGACACAGUGAUGCUGCAGUGCAAAGUCUGUGGGCGACCCAAACCAACAAUAACCUGGAAAGGACCAGACCAAAACAUCCUUGACAAUGACAACAGCACAGCCACUUACACAGUGUCAUCCUGUGACUCAGGAGAGCUCACCUUGAAGAUCUGCAACCUGAUGCCUCAGGACAGCGGCAUCUACACCUGUGUGGCAACCAAUGAACACGGAACCGCAUCAACCUCUGCAACUGUCAAAGUCCAAGGUGUGCCAGCUGCCCCAAACCGCCCCAUUGCUCAGGAGAGAAGCUGCACCUCUGUGAUCCUGCGCUGGCUACCCCCAACCAGUACAGGCAAUUGCACCAUUUCAGGCUACACUGUGGAGUACAGAGAAGAAGGCUCACAGGUCUGGCAGCAGUCAGUAGCCUCAACUUUGGACACAUACCUUGUCAUUGAGGACCUGUCCCCAGGCUGCCAGUACCAGUUCCGAGUGAGUGCCAGCAACCCCUGGGGGAUCAGCUUGCCCAGCGACCCGUCCGAGUUCGUGAGGCUCCCGGAGUACGACUCUGCUGCCGAUGGUGCCACUAUUUCAUGGAAGGAAAACUUUGACCUUGCCUAUGCAGAGCUGCAUGAGAUUGGGAGGGGUCGAUUCUCCAUAGUAAAGAAAUGUGUCCACAAAGCCACCCGGAAAGAUGUUGCUGUAAAAUUCAUUAGUAAAAAAAUGAAAAAGAAAGAGCAGGCAGCACAUGAAGCAGCUUUGUUACAACACUUACAGCAUCCUCAGUACAUCACAAUCCACGAUACCUACGAGUCUCCUACUUCUUACAUCUUAGUUUUGGAACUGAUGGAUGAUGGUCGUCUCUUAGAUUAUCUGAUGAACCACGAUGAACUUAUGGAGGAAAAGGUGGCGUUCUAUAUAAGAGACACAAUGGAAGCCUUGCAGUACCUCCACAACUGCAGAGUGGCUCACUUGGACAUAAAGCCAGAAAAUCUGCUCAUUGAUUUGAGAAUCCCAGUGCCUCGUGUCAAGAUCAUUGAUCUGGAAGAUGCAGUCCAGAUCACAGGUCAUUACCAUGUCCACCACCUCCUUGGAAACCCAGAGUUCGCAGCCCCUGAAGUUAUCCAAGGCCUUCCUGUCUCCCUGAGCACGGAUAUCUGGAGCAUUGGGGUCCUCACCUAUGUCAUGUUAAGUGGCGUCUCUCCGUUCCUGGAUGAAAGCAAAGAGGAGACUUGUAUCAAUGUGUGUAGAGUGGAUUUCAGCUUCCCACACGAGUACUUCUCUGACGUGAGCCACGCCGCCAGGGAUUUCAUCAACGUUAUCCUCCAGGAAGACUUCAGGAGAAGGCCGACAGCAGCCACUUGUUUACAGCAUCCGUGGCUGCAGCCGCACAAUGGCAGCUAUUCCAAGAUCCCCCUGGAUACCUCCCGCUUGGCGUCCUUCAUCGAGCGCCGCAGGCACCAGUACGACGUGCACCCGGUCCCCAGCGUCAAGAGCUUCCUGUUGAGCAGGAUGAACCCGGGCACGUAGUGCCUCCAUCCACUGCUGGUCCUGAGCCGUGUGCCGGGAGCGCCGCCAGGAGCACGCGGAUCCUCUGUACAUGUCCCAUGUUCGACGUUUGCAUUUCACCAACUGCAGGGUGGGAAUCACUGCAGACGUGGCAACAGGACCGAGGCAAAGGGGGUGACAGCACUGGGGACACGCUCCCUCUCUCGGGGCACGUGGUACUCUACAUCCACCGUCAAAAAAGGACUGCAGGAAGCAAACACCAACUGGGAAUGAGAGCCAAAAUUGCAGUUGCCUUAAUCUUUGUGAGGCAGCCUUAUAAGAAAUCCUCUUGAUCUUGCUGAACUGAAUUCAAAAUGUACAAAAGACUAGAAGUAGGAUAGUGGGGGGGAGUGAGACCAGGCUGACCUUUGCAGAACUGGACUGGUCAGUUUUUGCUGAAAUCAUUGCAAGCCUGCUCCAGCUUAUCAGUCAGAUUUCUCAUGCCCCAUAUGCCCAGGUCUGCCAUGAUUUCAGUGGGGACUUUGCCUGCAUAGGACAUGCAAGACCAGGCUCCAGUCACUGCUGGAUCAGCUCCCAUGGUGGCGUGGCUUAGGUACACUGGUGUUGCGUGGUAGUGCUCAGACCAAAAUCCUCCAUUAAGCCCCUUCUUGGGCUUUCUGCUGUGUUAAGUCAACGUGCAGCAUCUUUCAGAGCUAAGAUUAAGGCAAUGAAUUCAUUGGAGCAUACAGCUGGUUCUGAUUAAGCACAAUGGGACUAUGGUGGGUUUUUUAAAAGCAUUUUAUACACAUUGUACAGAAAUCUUUUGCAAAACCUGUGCAUUGAGAAAAGGCAGAGUCCAAUUUUUGCAGUAUCUGUAAACUAGAUGAUGAUGGUGAUGAAGACAAUUUUUUCUAUCACAGGUUUUCAGUAUACAUAUAUUGUAUCAUAGAUAUAAAUAUAUAUAAAUAUAAAGGAUCCUGUUCCAUUUCUAGCUUCAGAAUUGCUUGGCCCAAAGUCCAUCUAAGCCUUUCAGAGUGCAGUAGGAGUGGUGAGUUCAUUCUUGUGCUUACAGCUUGAAAAUCGUUUUCAGUGUUUAAAGCAUGUCAUUUGUUUCAUUUCCAAACUUGUAAAUAUCUCUCAGCCACCAUUAGCACCUCAUAACCAAAGCAUUCAUGAGGAUAGUUUUAUGUCCAAAGCCUAAUUUGUAAUAAAAAAAUAAUAUUCACAAUUAAAUAAUUUCUCUCUUCCAAGCCAAGUUGCAACAUCAUCAUAUUGAUGUUACAGUGACAGAGCCAGCCUUAAGUAUAACCAACAUAGGGAGUCUGCAGUGACAAAUCAGCAGUUUGUAGGUUGGCCAAAUCUUCCUUUCCAGAAAUGGGACUGGAAGGGGAAACCAUCUGGGGCUUCCCCAUCCUAUUGCCACACCACAAAACUCUACAGCCUUGUGGGGUUACAGUCAAAGAGAUUUUUUUCCCCUGGCAUGUGGGGACUUUGUCUCGGUGCUGAGUACCAUUUGUGUGUCUGUAAUGGGAAAUGGAAAUUGUUACCAAAGGUUUUCCUAAGGAAAAGGGCUUCAUCUGACCAUGCGUGCUCAUACAGACUUUCUUGUAAGGGAGAGAGUCAAAUCUCAUUUACCAUCUGAGUAAUUGCACUGUGAGCCUGCAGGAGCAAACACUGUCUCUGCCAGUGGGUGGUGGAGAUACCCUGCAAGUACUGUUAAAUUCUCAGGGCUCUGAUAGCCCUUUUUUGAUCCACCUCCAAGCUCCCCUUCACAGCAGGGAGGAGACCUGGCCCUCCUCUUUGUGCUUGCUCUAUCACUACACCAGAGUGGUCAGUAUUUUGUUAGUGGAGAAAAGGCACAGCAAAAACCUUCAGCGCUCGACACUGAGUGUGUGCAACAAAGAACAGCCCUUGAGAUGGGGAAGCCACAGGCAGAAGGGUGAGCUCAGGUGCCUCAGCAGAGUCAGAAGCAGUGAGAGAUCUAAUACAGGGAGGGAGUGUGGAAAGGUUUGAAAGAGACAAGUGUUCACAGAAGGUUAAGCUUUUUGAAAAUCAUCUAGAACCUAUCUCAGUUCCUCUCUAGAGCAGCAGCUGAUUUUCUAAGCAAUCCAGCAGCACCUCUUAGAUAAAGACCAGACACUCAUCCUGAGCAACAGUGCAAAGUAUGCAAUUUCUUAGCAACUGAAUGCAGACAGCAGUUAAGGGGACUCUCUAAUUACCACCAGCCUCAGGUACUUUUUCACUACAGGCCUGUCUGUAAUUCUUCCUAUUUGUCAAAGCUGGCUCUUUGUGCUGUGAUUGUGCUGCCCUUAAAAAAAUGUUUUUGGAAGUGUGGUCUGUAAAACCGACAGCUUUUAUUAGGCUCAUGGGUACAUUUUAAGCCACAGGCUUUCUGCUUGGCAUUAAUACAAACAAAUUCUCAUGUAUCACAUGAAAUUUGGAGUUAUUAGCAUUUUGUUUUCCUACAUCCUGCAUUCAUAUGUCAAACUACAACAGCAGACAUUUUGAAUGCACAGGAGGAAAAAGCUGGACUGUUUAAGGUAAUAUUUAAGCCUCUCAUUCCUAUAAAAUAACAGAAAAAAAAAAAAAAACCCAAAAGGCUGAAAGAGAGAUGAUAUAUGAUUAGGUAUUGGUGCUCAGAUUCAAAAAAGUCUCCUUGUUGAGAGAGCUGGAGGUGCUGAACUCUGAAGAUGUUGAAUGUUCCGGGGUGACUUUCUUUUGUGGUUUUGCUUUUUCCAUAUUCAUGUUAAAACACCUCUUCCUGGACACCAUUGGUCUUACAGCUCAUUCAGGAAUACUUGAACCAGUUAAAAGUUCCAUAAAACAUUUGUGAUUACCAACCGUUCUAGCUUUUGCCAAAUUUACAUGCAAUAUUGUCAUAUGAUAAAUGCACAGGAAGUAUCCUGACUUUGCUCUUUCAAAGUCUUUUUCAGCCAACGUGUGGUGCCUCUGCAGACACAACAGGUCCUUUAACUCUGUUGCAAACUAUAACUCCAUUUUAAAGAGAUUACAGAAGCUGAGUAAGUAGGCCUGGAGUGCACCCGCUGGGUGAGAAACACCACAGCCAACCCCCUGUGUGGUAUUCUCCAGUGACAGGAUUUUUUUUGUGCAUAGAAUAUUGUCUGUAACAAACACAGUUUCUCAGUGAAGCUUCCCAGAGAAUAUCUGACCCCAAAGGGAAGAUUUCCACCUGGAGCUGUGUACCACUCAGGGUGUUCCCAAGAUAGCUUGAAAGUGUCGUGGUAGCUGCACCCUUUAGCUUCUCCAGCAGCUUCCAACCAUCCAGGGUGACCAACAGGAAUACUGACGACAAUGCACCACAAGCUCUGAAGUUGCAAUGUGCACACAGCCACUGCCGUCAGACAAUUCCACAGUGCUCUUACCAUGCUCUGACAUCAAAGUGUGGCUCACAGUGUCCCCAGGUGCUGGGUGACAGGAGGGCAGCAGCAAAAGUGCUGGUGACACAGAGCCCAGAGGACGCGGUGACAUGGCGGGGGGGGUCCUUAUUUAAGAUGGCUUCAUUUAAUGAAUGUGCAAUGAGAAAUUAACUCACCUCUCUCUGCUCCACUUGGAGCAGCCAGGCCAGGGCAGGAGUUCUGCUGACCGGUGUAAACUGUCAGCCCCCAUCAGGUGUUGCUGCCCUGGGGGAGGCCCCACCUACCACCGGGCUGCCAAGCCCCCUGUGCAUGGUGCUAUUGGGGUGACACACAGCCAGUCCAGGGUGGUAGACUUCAGUAUUUUAAAGCAAUCCAGGCUUUAAAAUUUAUACUAUGUCUCUCUCUUCUCAGUGAUAUCAAGUUUCAUUUAGUCUUACUGCCCUUUCUUUUUAAAAAACUAUGGAUUGGGUUUUUUCAGUAACAUGUAUCCUUUUGCUUCUAAGUUAAUGCUGAGACAAAGUCCCUGCCCUCAACCGACCCUGAGGCUGUGGCUUCAGUGGAGUUCAUUAGCAUUUCUGACAAUGCUAUUAGGCCUGUGCUACAAAUACUGUGCACAAAGGCUGAAUGCAGAGCCACACAUUAUAACCUGACUAUAUAUAACCCCAUUUUAACGCCCUUGCAAUGAGGGGACUGUGUCAAGUAACCUAGGAUAAUAUAAAUUUCAGAGACAGAUGUAAAGGCUUCUCUGUGCACAUAAAAGUCUAGUAGAAAAUUUACAUGCACAGGGGCUCACCACCUUUUUUUUGUUCUUAUUUCUUUCACAGCAGAGGUGAAUUCUCUAACACAUGGCUUGGGUUUAUUUUCGAGCUCAUUCACUCAUGUCCCAUCAGAAAAUGGUGCUUUCCCAAGGAAACAAAAUCAAAUUCCAUUUUAUUAGGCUGACUGCACACUGCCAUCAAGUGAUGUACUCUCGUUCUGGGAUCUGUAUAGUGCUGAGUGUUUCCAUAACGUCAGGAUGCUGAAUGUUUGCUGUAACUGUAGUCUUUAUUAUGGAGCUAGUGAAAAACCAACAUCCUCUCUACUCAAGCCAUAUUUCACCUUCAUGUCCAACUUCUGAUGCUGGUGCUUUUACUUCUCUUUCUACCAAACUGUUCAACACUGCUCUGACACUGAGGUUUGCUGAUAACUUUUGGAAAGCAAAUGCAAUAGCAAGUGCA